AAAAAAAAACAAGAUGGAGUGAACAAUAGUUGUUAAAUUUGAAGGGAAGAAAAUGAUGAUAUAUAGAGAAUAUCUCCGUCCAGAGUAGGGGAGAAAAAAUUGCAAUAAAUAUUAUGGAUAUAUGACAAAUUAAUAUUUUUAAUUUUUUGGAAAAAUCGCAAAAAUUGUCCAAUAUGUGGUCAAAUUAUUGUUUUUAGACAUAUAUUUUUCAAUUUCUUAAAGUAGGACAGUAGCUCUUUCGCCGGCCUUAUUUAUGUCAUCCGAUGCCGAAAAAUAUCACGUGCCGGUCACGUGUGUAGACGUGAACUGGCCGUUGCGGACGUGUAACUCGCCGGUGUUGAUAUGUCAGAUGACGUGGUCGUCGUCGGCAAGUGACAUGGCGGAAAUUAAAAAAUUGAAAUUAAUAUUUGUUGUUUUUUGCAAUUUGGCCCGAUUGGACCAAAUUGCAAAAAAUAACAAAUUUACCACAACCGAUUGAUCCAUAACACACCCCCAAUCGAUUCUCAAGAACCCUAAAUUCCCCAAUUGAUCCGUAAAUCGUCAAUCUCGUCCACUGUGGCCGCUCACCGCUGCUCCCUUCGCUUGCGGACAUCAAAUCAUUUGUCUUCCAACGUGAUUCUUUCGUCGACAUGACACGAGUGGAGAAUGGAGAAGCAUCAUAGUAGUUCCAGUAGAAUAUCUUCGUUUGCAUCUGGUGAGGUGGAAUGCUACUGUGGAAUGAAAUCGGUAUUGCGACUUCAUGGACGGUCGAUAAUCCCGAGAGAAGAUUCAAUUGUUGUAUCAAAUCCAAGAAAGGAACACACUCCGGGUGCGGUUUUUUUCGGUGAGAAGAUCCUCAAGCUAAGGUUGUUAGCCCCGGGGUUGUUGAAAAAGAUGAAUGAUCGAGGGACCGAAAUUAUAAAUUUGAAGCAACAAGUUAAGAAAUUGAAACUUAUUACUGUAGUAUGUUGUGUUAUGCUAGUGAUACUAUGUGUAUGUAUGCCAUAGAAAAUUUCUGCCAACGAAUGUUGUGAAAUAGAUUAUC